CUCAGAAUCGACUUCUAGGAAACGGUAAAUUUUAAAAGCCAAGCCUUUAGUCAUUUGUCCUUCAGUUCUCAUUCUGGCGACAACACACUCCGGAGCGCUGCUGCUGCUGCUCAUCUGACCUUUUAUCAUUAGUUUUUCGUUUUUGUUGCAAAAGUCGGUUUUGUUUCUUUAACCUGCUCCUAUGCGCACCUCGAAGUGGCUUUUUAAUGACAGCAACAUAUCCUGUUUGGCUUCGUGAUUCGCUCCCAGUCUACCUUCUUCAUGUUAAACCGAUACGACAGGUUUGAUUAGUUCUUUUAGAAAGAAAGAAAAAAAAAAAGCUCUACCUGAACACGAAGCGAGUGCGUUAAUUUCCUGAAGAGAAAAAGGACAUAAGCUUUUUUAUUCCAGAGGAUUUUAUAGCAUGAUUCUUUGUGAACGAGGUCCCAGGACUCUUCUUCCUGCUCCUCCAUCCACUCCAGCCCCGUGGGGCAUGCGGGAGGGUACAACAACCCCUGCCCCAUGCUUUCAGAGUGCACCUCCAAAAUGGGAUCCCACCAAAGACUUACGGGCAAUUGCCAGCAACUUUUGCUAUCUAGAAAAUUCAGGAUGGUACUGGGGAGCCAUAACUGCGGCUCAGGCCCACACUGCCCUUCAGGAAGCCCCAGAGGGAGCCUUCUUGGUACGAGACAGCAGUCACCCUCUGUUCAUGCUGACCCUAUCGGUUAGGACGGCGCGCGGACCCACAAGCAUACGGAUCCAGUACAGUGGCGCCAAGUUUCUCUUGGACUCCAGCUCCGGGGCUCGGGCCAGUCUCUCGUCUUUUCCCAACGUUCCCAGUCUGGUGCAGCACUACAUGGGCGCAGAGAGGAAAGCAGAGGAGAGGAAGGUGGAGGAGCAGGCGGCCCCGGCAAAACCCACCGAGCUCUCCCCUCAGGAGACGUCUAUAGUACUGAAACUGAAGCAGGCCGUGUACAAACCCCAGAGCCUCCCAUCUUUGCAGCACCUCACACGCCUUGUCAUCAACAGACACACCGACUGCGCCGAGCAGCUGCCACUCCCAAAGCCUCUGUUGCGUUACGUACAAGACUAUCCCUUUAAGGUAUGAGGAGAAAUAGGAAGGGGGUGUUAAACAGACCCCUGACGUUCUAAAGGAAGAAAAAAAGACAGUCUAACUGGUAAUUUGUGCCUGUGGAGGCCAGUCACAGAAAUGUUUCUGAUUAAUUUCAUUGAAGACUCGCAUGUCUGGUUUCAGAUUUAAACCCUUUAAGGACUGAGCUUGUGGAGAAGGUGGGAGGGACCAGAACACCCCACAUAAGGACAGUGCGUUAAUCCCCAGUAAUAUGGAUGUGGAUUUUGUCACUGCUUCAGGAUGUACAUACUGUUCGUAAGAAAUGACACUGAUCUCAAUGAGACACCUUUUAUGCCAUUUUAUUUUUCUCAGCAGAGCAAUUUUGUACUUUUUACAUGUGUAAAUUUUUUUCUAUUAAAACUGGAACUUGCAUCGUC